AGUACAGGUGGGACAUAACCGCCCUCUGACGUUGAGUUUUGUUCUGGAGACUCCAUUUGGUGAAGUAGUUUCUAGGAUUGUGUAUUCUGGAUGCAGGAACCGUGCAUUUUAUUGAGCUCCCAUGUAAAGAAGUAUAUUGACUUGUCAUUGCCAGGUCUUUACAAUACUUAAAUGAUGUUCUUUGGAACUUUCGUUUGUAUUCAGGCUUCCUGCCAGCUAGGCCGAGGUGGGGAGGGACAGCUUGGGGAAACAGAUCCCGCCAGGUGUCCCCUAACAAUGUGGUCCCUGAUGCUUACCAGCUAGACCACUGAACUGUGGGCUUGCAGUGACUUGGCAUGUCCUGGGAUGCUCCUUGGUCUACCCGAGGCAUCAUCUGCAGGAUGUGAUUGGGCGCGGGUACUGGACCCUGGACGUCAUUUCCGGUUUGGUCUGUUGGGAGUUGGUGACCACAGCCGAGGCCAAGUCCAGCCUGCCAAGGUUGUGUCUGCCCCAAUACUGGACACCUCUGGAAGCCAUGGCUUCCCCGCUGAAGCUAGAGCAAGACGUGCAGGGGAAAGUAGAUUCGUUCCGGGCCCGUAUCGCACAGGAGGCCGAGGAUCUGGUGUCCACCUUCUUCCCUCAGAAGUUGUCAGAGCUAGAUAGCCGGGUCCAGGAGCUCCGGCUGCAAGAUCUAUCCAGAAUCCGUUCCGUGCCAGCCCCGGAGCCACCCGCCACCCCAGACACCGCCGGGGAUGGGCCCAACCGGGAUCCUCUGCCUCUGCAGACCCAGUCCUCUGUCAAGGUGCCUGGCAGCGAGGGACGUCUUCUGAGGAGCAACCAGCAUCUGGUGGAGCUGAUUGAACGGGUAAAACCUGAGAUUGAGCUGCUGAGAGAGAAAUGCAACACUGUGCGAAUGUGGGUGCAGCUCCUCAUCCCAAAGGUGGAAGACGGCAAUAACUUUGGAGUGUCUAUCCAGGAAGACACCGUGGACCAACUGUGGACUGUGGAGAGCACAGCAGCCUCCUACCUACGCCGCUUCUCCACCUACUAUAACACCCGGGCCAAACUGGUAUCCAAGAUAGUGAAGUACCCGCAAGUGGAAGAUUAUCGCCGCACAGUAGCAGAGGUUGACGAAAAUGAGUACUUGAGCGUACGCCAGAUCCUGCUGCAUGUGCGGAACCAGUAUGCCACCUUGCAUGAUGUAAUCCUCAAAAAUAUUGAGAAAAUCAAGACCCCUAGGAGCACCAACACCGACAACCUAUAUUGAAAACCUUUCUCCACCACACUACUUCAGGAGUUGACCGAGUAGCUAGAAGGCUGGUUAUUAAUGACUCUGCAGAUGAUUGAAAUGACUGGAAACCUGUUAACCAUUUAGUUAGAAUUUCAUACAACUUAUCCUCACACUGAAUCCUCUUUUGGUAUAAUUUUUUAUUUUCCUUUUGGGGGGCAUGGGGACAAACCAUCUGGUAGAAUGUGGUAAGGUUGUCCAAGGAGAAAGGACUGCCAUUUUAAAAGCAGU